CAGUUAUCAAACGACACGCUUGUGAUGGUGUGGAAGGAGAAGUACAGACACCCGACCUCCCAGAGUGACAGCUGGAAGGCCACCGUUUCCCGCAUUGUUGGCCAGGGUUAUAAAGUGAUUGUGAGCGCAUGUUGGUAUUUGAAUUACAUAUCUUAUGGCCAAGACUGGGAAAAGUACUACCGAUGCGAUCCGACCAAGAGUUUGGCUGAUGACAGGGAAAAGGCGCUGGUUUUGGGAGGGGAGGCGUGUAUGUGGGGAGAGUAUGUGGACGGCACUAACGUGUUGUCUCGAUUAUGGCCCCGGGCGUCGGCUGUGGCCGAGAGACUCUGGUCAAACCCAUUGGACACAAACGACAUCGAGAGCGCCAAAUUCAGACUCGAUCAGCACCGGUGCCGAAUGCUUAGGCGGGGUAUUCCGGCCCAACCCAUACUCAACGGCUUUUGUGGCGAUUAUGAGUGGGAAAUGAAUGCAAACGAGUUAUGAUUUUUAAUAUGAGAUUUGAUUGAUUGGUUUCGUGUUCAUCAUG